GUGACGUAGCUUAAAAUGAUGUCAGGCGACAAAAUCCAGCGACUGCGAUUGGCCAAUCGGCGCGUCAUGAGCCCGCCUACUUCAGGCACUUCCGUCUCUGUGUCAGCUGCGUUAGCGUCCCAGCACUCAGAGGUUCAGUGGGAAGCAGGCGCUGGACUACAUCACAUUCAAAUCAGCACAGGAUUAUUGGCGUGGGGUUCGUGCAGUCAGGAACAUCAGCCAAGCAUCCGCGAGGGACCAUGUUCUAGUGGCUCGCGCUGGCUGUCUGACAAUACAAUGAACAAUGAGGACGAGUUCUAUGAUGCCGUCACAGGCUUGGAUUCGGACGAGUCAUGUGAGGGCACUUCAGAAGCCAGUUUUAAAGAUGCAGUAGUGGAUGCUGGUGCUGAGAAGAACAAUGGCACUGUACAAGAAAAUGGAAUCAAGAAACGCAGGUCAACACUUCCUGCUCCCAUGUUCUCCAGAAAUAACUUCAGCGUAUGGAGCAUCUUGAAGAAAUGUAUAGGACUGGAGCUGUCUAAGAUCACCAUGCCCAUUGUGUUCAAUGAGCCCCUAAGCUUCCUGCAGAGAAUCAGCGAGUACAUGGAGCACACGUACCUCAUCUACAAAGCCUGUGCAGAGUCUGACUCCACUGAGAGAAUGCAGGCUGUAGCUGCCUUUGCUGUGUCCGCUGUGGCCUCUCAGUGGGACAGAACUGGAAAGCCGUUUAACCCUCUGUUAGGGGAAACCUAUGAACUCACACGAGAGGAUCAGGGCUUCAGGUUGAUCUCAGAACAGGUGAGUCAUCACCCACCAAUCAGUGCAUUCCAUGCUGAGAGUUUAGGAGAGGACUUCCUGUUCCAUGGCUCUAUAUACCCAAAGCUCAAGUUCUGGGGCAAGAGUGUGGAAGCAGAACCAAAAGGAACCAUCACGUUAGAGCUCCUCAAGCACAAAGAGGCAUACACAUGGUCAAACCCUUUCUGCUGUGUACACAAUGUCAUUGUGGGCAAACUGUGGAUUGAGCAAUACGGCACUGUAGAAAUACUGAAUCACAGUACUGGAGAUAAGUGUGUGCUGAACUUCAAACCCUGUGGGAUGUUUGGCAAAGAGCUGCACAGAGUGGAGGGAUACAUCCAGGAUAAAAGUAAGAAGAAGCUAUGUGUGAUCUAUGGAAAAUGGACCGAAUGCAUAUGGAGCGUAGACCCACAGGUGUACGAUUCUCAUCGCAAGAACGAUAAAAAAGGAGCAGCAGACACCAAGAAACAGAAACCGGAGGAGGCAGAUGUUGCAGAAAAUGAUGAUGCAGAUGACAUGCCAGAGGUACAGGAGACUGUAGCUGUGAUCCCUGGUAGCACUCUACUCUGGAGAGUGUGUCCUAGACCACCUCACUCAGCAGAGAUGUAUAACUUUACUAACUUUGCUAUCACACUGAAUGAAUUGGAAUCUGGCAUGGAGGGUGUUUUGCCCCAGACAGACUGCCGCCUACGACCGGACAUACGAGCCAUGGAGAAUGGAGACAUGGACGAAGCCAGCAGGGAGAAGGAGAGGCUGGAGGAGAAGCAGAGAGCAGCUCGUAAAGACAGGGCAAAGGAUAAUGAAGAAUGGUCUACUAGGUGGUUUGAGCUGGGAACAAACCCGUACACAGGAUCACAGGACUGGCUCUACACUGGAGGUUACUUUGAUAGGAAAUACACAGACUGUCCUGAUAUCUACUAAUGAGGGACCAGCACUCAAAUCCUUUCCUUUCUUACCGCCACAGCAUCCAGCAUCACAUAUCACACAUGUGUUUAUAUAUAUAUAUAUAUAUAGUUCAUCUGGUUAUAUAUAUAUAUAGUUCAUGCUGGUUUUUCAUCACUCAACCAAGUAUAUACAUCACACACUGCUUACCGUAUUUAGCAAAACAUCUUUAACUUGGUCUGUAUUGAAAUCAGGGACUUGAGCGCUCAUUCUGUAAGUUCUGUAUUUCUGAUGGGUGAAAGGGGAGGACGUGAUCACAGCAUUUCGGACUUUCUUAUUUUCCCAGCUAGUUGGGGUUUUUGCUGUGAGAGCACUGAUGUUUUUCAUCUAGAUCAUAAGGAAAGUGCAGAAGAAAAGAAGAGGGACUGAUUAUCAGAGAAUUGCCUUAUUCUCUGCCUUAGAACUCUUAAUACUCCCAUUACAUCUCUGUGCCCUGUUUAAUUUUAGUUUAUUGCUCCAUGACCGAAUCUGCAGGUCAAUCUAUAUAAUCAACGCAUACUGUGACGCGGAGCCAAUUUCCUCAUGGUCGUAGCCCAUACUCAAAUGUGUGUGAACCCACAGAGGUGACGAACAUUUUUGACUUUUGAGAGCACUGAUAUGCUACAAACUUACCUGACCAACUGGCCACUGUUAAAAUAGUCAAAAGUGAAUCAAAUCAUAAUGAUGAUGAUGAUGAUGAUGAUAAUAUUAGUAAUAAUAAUAAUGAUCUGCUCUGUGUGUGUGUGUGUGUGUGUGUGUGUGUGUGUGUGUGUGUGCGCGUGUGUGUGUGUGUGUGCGCGUGUGUGCAAUAUACUAUAUUUCAGUUUAUGUGAGCAUUCUUCACUUGGAGGUACAAUAUAAUGUCCCUGAUGGGUUUUUAGUUCUCAUGGGGGGAUUUUUUUCCGAGUCAGAAACUAUAGCAGUUAUUCACAUAAAAGUUCACAUUAAAAAAAAAUGCAACCGUGAAAUGUAUUUUUAAUGACUGCUGAGAGAUUUGCCUCUGAGUAUCAUGCGAUGUGUGAGCAUUUGGGUUGUGAUGCUCUGACAAGAUUGGAAUUGUAAAAAAAAAAAUAUAAAUAUAUAUAUAUAUCAUGCAUUCAAUGUCAUGCCUAAUAGGAUUAAUGUUGUGUUUUGUUAGCUGUCGCAAGUUCCUUGUUAUUUGGUCUGACUCUUUUUCACCACUGUUCUGUAAUACGGCAUAUUUCUUGCAGUUGCGUGUAUCCAGUUUGUCCUGUCGUAUACAUCAAUUUAGAGCACAUCUGAUUUAAAUUUCAUGCAUCAUGCUGUAUUCAUUAUCACUAUUCCUAAACUUGGGUAAACUCGCACACCUCUUGUGAGAGCAGUCACAAUCUAUGCAACUCAUCAAAUGUUUGAAAUCCCUGUGUAUUUACUUGUAACUGUAUUAGGUCUGAAGCUAGAUAAAUAGUCCAUAGUUAAGUCUGACUGGGGAAAAAUGUCUAUAGGCAGUUUAUGGGAUUGAAAAGUUGCAGCAAAGUAUGCUCUCAGCUAAUAUUAUUUCCUUCUCAGUGCCCACAGUUGCUGAUGAUCACCCUUCCUAUAAUCAUAUUUUCUUUUCCCUUUUCGCUUGAUCACUGAAACUCUAGUUAUGAUAUGUGCAGGAGAUAAUCGUCGCAUUGACAUUUUCGAGGCACAGUGAUGCUAGAAUUUCAUGUGUUUUAUUUUAAAUACCAAACUUUUUUCCCUUCAGUGCCUGAGUUUGUAUCACUGAUACUUGACAUUUUUAUUGUUUCUCAAUCAGUGUCAUGGGUGUUUUAAGAUUUCUUUAAAAGUAUGCGUUUUUUUUUUUUUUUUUUGUCUGCGUGCUUAACCAAAUUUCACUUCCUUUCCCUCAGUGAUUAACAGUUUAAAAUGCUUAAAUGUCAGUGAGAAUGUUGGCAGAUUUUCACAAGCUGUAUGAUGUACACAUGUACAGUGCAUUACACUACUUUGUUGUCUCCAUUAAAUUAGUUGCUCCAUUUAAAUGUACAUUCGAUUAUAUGAAAACUAGCAAUAUAAAACUAAUACAGAUUUUA